AUGGCGGUGGCGGUGCUGCGGCCGCUGGACGCCCCGCCGGCGGAGCUGGCGCCCGCCACCGCGCUGGUGCUAGCGCCGCCGGCGCUGUGUGCGGCGCUGCGCGGGCAGGGCGGCGGGCCGGGGCCGGGUCUGGUGCUGGCGGUGCGGCCGGCGGGGCGCGGCGGGGCGCAGGCCGUGCUGCUGAGCGCCGUGGCGCUGGAGGCGGGCGGGCGGCGCGGCGCGGAGCUGUGGCUGCGCGGGGCCCUGCUGCGGCGGCUGGGGCUGGCGGCCGGGCGGCGGGUGGUCGUGUGGCCGGUGCGGCGGCCGCCGGCGCUGGCCUGGGUGCUGCUGGGGGCGGCGGGGCGGGCGGGGCGGGCGGAGGGCGGCGCGGUGCUGGUGCGGCGGGGCGAGGCGCUGCCGGGGCCGAGCCCGGGCCCGCUGGUGCUGGAGGCGCGGCCGGCGCUCCAGGGGUUGCUGGGCAGCGGGACGCGCACGGCGCGAGCCCCGCAGCCGCCGCGCGAGCCCGCGCCCGCCGGCGCCCCCUGCCCGCGCCCCGCCGCGCCGCCCCUCGUCUCCCGCUUCGCCGCCGCCGCCUCCCCCUCCCGCCCGGCUCCGGCGGCGGCGGCGCGGCUGCGGGCGGUCUCCGGCGGCGGGGCGGGCGGCGGCGGGGCCGAGGUGUGGGUGAGCCGUCGCGGGCUGCUGGCGCUGGGCCUCUUCCAGGGGGAGUGGGUGCGGGUGUGCGCCGAGGGGGUGGCCCGCGAGCACCUGGCGACGCUGCUGGCCCGGCCGCCGCCCUGGGAGUACCCGCGGGCCGCCCGCCGAGGUCCGGCCGACGGCACGGCCCUGCUGGCCCCGGCGCUGGCCUUCAACCUGGGCUGCGACCCCGCCGCCGCCACGCACCUCUGCCUGCGGAGGUACGAAGGAGCCGGCGUUGUGGAUGGGAAGGGCAGCCGAUCCGUGCUGUCCGUGCCCCCCUUCGCCAAGGAGCUGCACCUAGAGAUCGUCUGCUCGCCGGCCUACAGCGCCCGCGGGGGCUACGACCGCGUCCUCUACAAGCACUUUGAGACGCCCCGGCUUGUCCAGGAAGGAGACAUACUGUGUAUUCCAACAUUUGGACAUGCUGAUUUUCUAGAAGUAAAUGCAGACAAAUUCCUAAGGUGGCCAGAGCUGUAUUUCAAAGUGAAGAAGACUUUAGGCAUGGUGGAAGGCGAGCAGUCUGAGGGUUACCUGGUGGACACCCAGAACACCUCUGUCUAUUUGGUGGGUUCAACAAACAGCGCUGUCCCAUCUACCCCAGCCUAUAACAACCAUGAGUUCUGGAGCAGUUUGUCUCCUGCUGGACUUUCAGAUGUUGUGAAGCAGCUCUGUGAUGCUCUUCAGCCUCAUCUGAGCAGUCAGGCCUCUGUGCUGAGCCGGGCUGGCAGCGUUCUCCUCUCAGGGCCGAGCGGCAGCGGGAAGCUGGUGGCUGUCAGAGCUGCGUGCAGCUGCCUCAACCUCCACCUCUUCAAGGUCGAUUGUGUGGGUUUGUGUGGGGACACCAGUGGAGCCACGGAGGAGAAAGUACAGGUGGCCUUCAUCCAAGCCCAGCAGUAUCACCCCUGUGUGCUCCUACUGAAAGACAUCGAGGUGCUGGGCAGAGAGCGGGCCGGGCCAGGAGAGGAUGCCAGGGUCAUCGCUGCUCUGAGGCAACUGCUGCUGGACAGAGACCCAAGCCACCCUGUCCUGGUGAUUGGCACGACCUGCAGGCCCCAGGAUGUUCCUGCAGACGUGCAGACUGCUUUCCUUCACGAGGUGAAGAUCGAAGCCCCUUCAGAAGAGCAGAGGAGGGGGAUGCUGAGCAUGCUGACUGCCAGUCUGCCCCUGGGCAAAGAAGUGAGCCUGUCCAAGCUGGCCCGAAGGACUGCAGGGUUUGUGCUGGGAGAUUUCUGUGCCCUAUUGUCCCACAGCAGCCGGGCUGCCUGUACCCGCAUCCAGGCCUUGAGUUUUCCAGGUGGGCUGAGUGAGGAGGUGGAGAGGGAUUUCUGCACAGCAGGGUUCCCGGUGCUGGAGGAGGAUUUCAGCGCGGCGCUGGAGCAGAUGCACAGUGCCCAUGCACAGGCCGUGGGAGCCCCCAAGAUCCCCUCUGUGUCCUGGCAGGAUGUUGGUGGGCUGCAGGAGGUGAAGAAGGAGAUCCUGGAUACCAUCCAGUUGCCCCUGGAGCACCCGGAGCUGCUGUCACUGGGCCUGUGCCGCUCUGGCCUGCUGCUGUAUGGGCCUCCGGGAACAGGGAAGACCUUACUGGCAAAAGCUGUGGCAACCACAUGCACGAUGACAUUCCUGAGUGUGAAAGGACCAGAGCUCAUCAACAUGUACGUGGGGCAGAGCGAGGAGAAUGUGCGUAAUGUGUUUGCCAAAGCCAGGGCAGCUGCUCCCUGCAUUAUCUUCUUUGAUGAACUGGAUUCCCUGGCCCCCAGUCGCGGGCGGAGUGGCGAUUCAGGGGGUGUCAUGGACAGAGUUGUCUCCCAGCUCCUGGCUGAGCUCGAUGGCCUCCAUUCCACCAGAGAGGUGUUUGUCAUUGGAGCUACCAACAGGCCUGACCUCCUGGACCCAGCCCUGCUCCGGCCAGGCAGGUUUGACAAACUGGUCUAUGUGGGCAUCAAUGAAGACCGGGAGUCUCAGCUGCAGGUGCUGAGCGCCGUCACCAGGCAGUUUAAACUGGAUCCUUCCGUGAAUCUCCCCUCCAUCCUAGAACACUGCCCAGCUCAGCUGACAGGGGCAGACAUCUCGGCGCUGUGCGCCGACGCCGUGCUCUGUGCUGUCAAGCGCAAAGUGGAAUGGAUCGAGGAAGGGCUGGACACGGAGAGCUCUGCUCUGCUCCUCACCAUGGAUGACUUCCUGCAGGCUGCUGCGAGGCUGCAGCCGUCAGUCUCUGAGCAGGAGCUGCUCAGGUACAAGCUCAUCCAGCAGAAGUUUGCUGCCUGCUAACGCCAGGCAGAGCUGGGACUGGAGGGCUGAGGAGAACACUGUAUUACGUGGUGGAAGAAAACAGGCACAAGCAGGCAUCUGCUUGCUUUUCUCUCA